AUCAUUGAUGACUUUACCAUAGAGAUCGUCACUGUUGUCAACUACUUCAUCAUACUUGGGAGUAUUUCUAUACUAGGCAUCGUCGCCAACAUGCUUAACAUGGCGGUGUUCUGGAACCAAGGCUUUCGAGAUCGCGUCAACAUCAGCCUCUUCGGGCUGGCCGUGUCCGACCUCUUGUCCCUGGCGGCAUUCCUGCUCAUGUCGCUCUGGAGCAGCCCCUUCCGCGUGCACACUGACAUGAGCAGGCUGUCCAGAGAAUUUCUGUAUCUGUCCAGCGGUGUGCCGCACAUCGCGUUUGCCCGGGUGACCGGCUGGCUGACGGCGUUCGUGGCGUUUGAACGAUGUCUGUGCAUCGCCCUGCCUUUAGAGGUCAGACUUAUACUGACCAACAGACGCGUGGCGCUGUUCGUCAUCUGCAGCUUCUGCCUAACAAUGGCGUUGUUUGCGUCACUCUUCUACACCAAUCGUUUCGCUUGGAAAUUUUUCCCAGAAUUCAACCAAACUCUUCUCGGAAUGGUCUACUCAGAGGACCGGUACCCACUGGAGAAUAUAAUGUUCCCUAUCGAUAAUUUAAUUCCGGCCUUCUUCUCAUUCGUCGUGGUGCUCAUCUGCACGAUCAUCCUCGCGGCAGAGCUAUCCAGAAAAACGAUACUGAACAACGAAGAAACCAAAGGCUUAAAGGAUUCUUCAAUUCAAAGAAUAUCGAGAAAGAAGUUGAAAGUCACGAAAAUGGUAUCGAUCCUGUCCGUGGUCUACGUCGUCACUUACACGCCAUCAGUCGCAGCAAAUAUACUGAGCCUGUGUGAGCCAGAGUUCUCUCUAGUGGGCCGUUAUAAAAAUAUGUGCAGUUUCUUUUACUCUUUUGCUUUCAUACUCGAAGCCGUCAACUCGAGCGUCACUGUCUGCGUGUACUACAGAAUGAGCGCGAAAUUCCGCAUGACUUUUCUUAUCAUGUUUUGUACGGAGUUCAAAGGUUAAGGUCAAGAAAAGUUUGACACUGUUGAAAAUAAAACUGGACACAGUCCAAACAGAAUCAGACUUUUUGUAAUUAUAACAUGACGAGGUGCAAG